CGAAACCUCAAACAGCAAAGCAUGUAGACUCUAGAGGCAUGGCGGUGGGACAGGCGUGUAUAAAGACGGAAGCCUGCCUGUUCAUGUCCCACCAGAAAGAUCCUACAAGCCUCAUUGGACUUUGGAUAUAUAAACAAACCCUCCAAGCACCACAAGAACUUCUGCAGAUCCCUGAAUCUUCAUCAUGGUCAUCUCACGGAUCCUCUCAUUCGCCCUUCGGGUUCUACAAUUCAUUUCUUCUGUGAUUGUCAUGGGCAUUGUAGCUUAUGAGGUCAGCUUGUACAACGACAAUGGCUACUCGAGACUUCCUGAUUCCUGGGAGUGGAUCUACUACGUCCUCGCCGUCAGCGCUCUUGGAACACUUGCCAGCCUGGUUUUACUUAUUCCAUUCAAGGCGACUUUCAGCCUAUGGGUCGUGGACGGCAUACUAUCAAUCCUGUGGUUUGCUGCUUUCGGUGUCUCGGCCCACUACUUCGAGCCCAUCAAUGAUUCAGACAGAGGCUGUGACUUGAGAAGGUUACGCAGCGUGUGUGGUAGAGCGAAAGCUUGGCAGGCCUUCAGCUUCCUGGCUGCCAUCUUCUUCCUCAUUAGUUUGUUUCUAGGUAUUUGGGUUCAUAGGAGCGGCAGGAAGUCACAGUCCAGUGUAUAAGUGGUUGGAGAUGAACGUAGG